AUGCUGGGGUACUCUCCCUUCAUCACAUUAAUGAACUUGGAGGUGAUACUGAACGCGGACAUUGGCUCCUUUGUGAUGCUCUGCGUCUUUUGCGGCACCCUGAUCUCGUUUGCUACGGCGCCGUUCAUUACCAGACUGCUGGGCGCCAAGGGCUCAGUUCUGGUGGGCUGGGUCGCCCAUGCCGUCUUCGCCGCCGUCCACUUUUCACCAAUAUCAGAGAUUUUACUGCCAGUGGCGGUGGUUGUCGGCAUAGGUCACGCGCAGACCUGGAUCACCCAGGGGGUGUAUGUGGCCACCCUGGCCCUGGAGUACGCCUCGGCCACGGGGCAGCCUCAGGAGUCCGUCAUGGGGCUCUUCAGCGGCAUCUUUUUCACCAUUAAUACUUUUAACGGCGUCUGGGGGAACCUUAUCUCCUCUCUGGUUCUAGUUAAACCAACGGACCCCGCUCUCAACUCUACGGAAAUUAUGACCGGAAAUUUAAGCGAGUUAUGCGGACCUGCGUUCUGUCCCUGGGAGGAUACAUCCGGGACCCACAUCCGGGAACCUGACCAACUCGCCGUCACCAUCGUUCUCUGCGCAUUCAUAGGUCUGGACAUUCUCGCGUUCCUCAUAACUUCAUUGUUUUUGAAAAACAUCCACCCUGAGACCAGUGACUCUCUUCACAGCGCACUGGAUUUCUGUGGCACGAUUCUCAAGAUGUGCCACGAGAAAAAUCUUGUGUUCCUGCUGCUGCCAUUUCUGUGGAUCGGGUUUGAGAUUGAGUUCAUGAUGACGGAGUUCACCAAGGCAGGCCUUCGUCAGUUGUGAGAUCGGCAUCCAUUUCAACGGCUGGAGUAUGAUGUGCUUUGCCGGCGGGACUAUACUAGGUUCGGCUUUUACUGGGAGGAU